AUGGGCGACAAUCACACAGAUCCCGUGCUGCGCCUGCAGUCACACCAGUCGCUCCCACCGCCGCCGCCGGCUCCCAGCGACGCCCGAGACGACGUGCAGCCAGAACGCGACCAGACGUCGACGCCGCAUAGCGACAAGCACCCUGGACAGNACCCCACAGCCCCGGCGAACGCGUCGGAACAUCAACAACCCAAACAGCAAGAGGGCAAUCAGCAACCGGCUGUAUCAAUACAAGACGCGUCGGGCCGGUCUGAUCCGGCGCAAAGCCACGUCUCACAGCAUUCGACGCCUACCCUGCCGCCCAUGAACUAUCAGCACCAACCCACGGUGCAUACUCCGGCACCGGUCUCUGCUCCAGCGCCAGCACAUGGUCAGAAUGGCCACCACCCGCAACAUCACCAACCUCCACCACCACAACAUCACCCUCAACCAGCUCCGGCGCACAAUACCAACGGCUCACCGGCCCAAUACACUCCACACGGCCAUGCGCCCCCACCACCAAACUACACGUACCCUUCAGAAGCAGGCAUGCAACAAGCCCCGUCGAGCAUGCAGACCAACGGCGGGCCUGUCAAUGGCUACGUACCUCACAUGGGCUACCAGGUACCGCUUGGGACACCGCACCUCAACACAAGUCAGCUUCCCGGAACACGACACAAGAAAGAGAUCAAGCGUCGGACAAAAACAGGCUGUCUGACCUGUCGGAAACGCAGGAUUAAAUGCGAUGAGGGUCAUCCUGCUUGUCGCAACUGUCAGAAGAGCAAGCGCGAGUGUCUUGGCUACGAUCCCAUCUUCAAGUCUCAAACUUCACCACCGACCAUUCAACCUGCUCCUGGCGUCUUCCCUCCCCAGCCGCCUCAGCAGCAACCGCAACAAGAGCAGGUCAAACUUGAACCGCAAAUGCCUUCAGAGCCGCAGCGCUAUGCGAAUGUCCCGCAGGGAUACAUGCCCGCCGCGAGCGCUGGUUAUUCUCCGGCCACAGCCUUGCAACCACCUGUCGACUUUGGUGCUCACAUUGAUCCUGCCUUGGGCCCUGCAAAUNCCGGCCGUGGCACAUCCUCCUGUACAGCCGCAACCCCUCCACCGCCUCACCAAGAAUACACAACUAGUUUGCACCCACAGCGAAAUGUGCGUCUUGUCACCAUGGAGUCGCUGUGCAGCCUCGACAACAUCCCACCAACACUGCCCCCACACAAUCCUAACCCUCUCCCGUCCCAUGAUAUGGAACAAAUUCGCGCCAUGUACCUUGCGGAAUAUGCCUCUGGACUGGACCGCUUCUUCGAGACUAGCUGGUAUACGGAACAUGGCUUCAAUCUCCUCGUCGGAAACCACGAUCUGCUACGUUACUUCUUAUACUGUAUCGAACGCUUCUCUCAGGCUCAGAACGACGGCGGGUCACACGGCCUCAUGUCUUUGGAAGCUCGUCUCGUGUGGCAACUUGGCUGCUUGCCUCGUUCCAUUCCCUCAAACACAGCUUCGCCAUACAUUAACAAUCUUCUACGACGUCUAGCUAUAGUGGAUAACCUAUUGUGCGGCACAUUCUUGGACCCCGCCAUGGUUCCUGCACAACCUCCGGCCAGCCCUCCAGACCCGAAACUCGUCGAGCAAUACACUCAGUAUCUGCAAGACGCUUUCUGGCACCAAUUAGGCCGCUUUGUUAGUAUCCACGACGACAUCAUCUCACCUGACGCCGCCCAACAGAUUGCUACAGCUCUUGCAGCUAUGCGCAAUAUACUUUCCAUGCUCGAGAACCGUGACGUUCUUUAUUCAAUGGCUAUUGCUCGUCACUUCGGUGGCCGUAUGGUCGACUAUACAGAGAGCAAAAUCCUGGUUUCGAAAAGUGCAGAGCCAGAUGAUCCCAUUGCGAAACUUGCCGUUGCAAUGAAUUUCAUUCGUGAUGAAGACUCGCAAGGCACGACACAAGUAGUACAAAGGCUGUGUGGUAUGUGCAGAAGGAGCUGGCAGCUGCAACGGCAGGCCACGCUGUCUGGAUAG